GAAUCUGUCAGUUUGUUGACAGACACAUCAAAACAAACGUGCACGUGUUUUAGCUUAAUUUUACGAAUCUAUGUGUUAAAAUGGGUGUUACGGACGAAAAGAAAGUAGAAUAUCUAGUUGUGGAUACAACUGCGUUCAUACAAAACGCGCCGCUACAAGAUGUAGCCGAAAAAAUUAUAACAUGUCCCGAGGUGGUUGACGAGAUUAAAAAUAAGCGACAGCUUCGCAGGCUGGUCGUUCUUCCCUACGACUUAGAGGUGAAAACUGUGUUUCCAGAAAGCAUACAAGUUGUUACAGAGUUUGCCAAGAAGACUGGUGAUUAUCCCAGUUUGUCAGCCACAGAUAUCAAAGUGAUGGCUUUAACUUACCAGCUCGAAAAGGAAAAAGUUGGCGUCGAUCAUUUAAGGAAAGAGCCUGUUUUACAAAAGGCUAUUAUCACAACUUCAGCUCCAGAUAUGAAUGCUGAUGUCACUGGCUUUUUCAUUCCUGGCCAGACAAAACCAAUUGAAAACCACACUGAGGAAGACAACACUGAAACAAGUGGAGAAACAGAUGAAAAACCAAAAGAUGUAGGUGAGUUGGCUGAAAAAUUUGGCACUUUGCAAUGUGAAGAGGAGGUGACUACAGAAGAACCAGUUGAGGAUGUACUUGUGGCUGUGGAUGGGGACAAAAAAGAUGUUUCUGAUGAAGAACAGGAGGAAGAUAAAACUAAUGAGGAUGACGAUGAUGAUGAUGAAGGUGGCUGGAUCACACCAUCCAAUGUAAAAGUAGCCAAAAAACAAGUAAACUCUGAAUUAAUGGAAGAAAAACACGUGUCUGUAGCUUGUAUGACUACUGACUUUGCAAUGCAAAAUGUCUUAAAGCAAAUGAACUUGAAUGUCUCAGCAUUAGAUGGUAGAAUAAUCAGGCAGUUAAGGACUUUCAUAUUAAGAUGUUACACCUGUUUCAAAACCACAAGUGUAAUGACACAUUUGUUUUGCCCUAAGUGUGGCAAUAAUACUUUGAAGAAAGUAGCUGUGUCCUUAGAUGAAAAUGGCAAGAUGCAAAUUCACAUUAAUGCCAGAAGACCACUAAGUGGAAAGGGUAAGAAGUUCUCAGUGCCUAAAAUUAAAGGUGGCAAACAUCCAAAUAAUCCAAUUUUGGUGGCUGAUCAACCCAUGCCAGAAAACAGGCCCAGUAGAUUAGCUAGGAUGAAAACUAAUCCAAUGGAGGAUGAUUACAUUGCAGGUUUCUCUCCAUUUGUCAUGAGAGAUGUGAAUUCCAAAUCAGCACAGCUUUGUAUCAGGCCUGGGCAAGAUGUUAAGUAUUGGAUGAGUAGAAAUCCCAAUGAAAUUAGAAGGAAAAAGAAGUGAAUUUUAUUUUUAUUUUUGGAUUAUAAAAUUUGUUAACAUUUUUAUAUUAAAAAAUAUUAAGUACAACUAAAAUUUAUUU